CUUAGCUGUUUUUCAGAAUUGUUUUGGUUGUUAACGACAUUGGCACGACGAUGGGCGACGAGCGGUCUGAAUGUGGGUCGGUAUCUGGCUCCAAUUGGGGGGUCUUGCACGCCGUCACACGGCAAGACAAACAACAACAGCAGCCACAGCCGCAGCAAGAAAAGGAACAUCAGCCACUGCGUAUAAUUUGUGGUUAUAGCCAACACAUGCAGCCUGUCGCAACGGAUGGUGUUGCGGGUGGUGCAGCAAGGAGCUCGCAGCUGUUGUCCCGCGCUGAUUGGGGCGCCCGCGUGCCGAAAGAGGUGAGCUAUUUCGAGGGCCCCGCACCGUAUGUCAUCAUACAUCAUUCCUACAUACCCGGCGCAUGUGUGACGACGCCGGACUGCAUGCGCAGCAUGCGCGAAAUGCAGGACUUCCACCAGGUGGAUCGCGGCUGGAACGACAUUGGCUAUAGCUUUGGCAUCGGCGGCGAUGGUCUGAUCUAUACGGGACGUGGCUUCAAUGUGGUGGGCGCCCAUGCGCCCAAAUAUAAUGACAAGAGCGUGGGAAUUGUGCUCAUUGGCGAUUGGAGAACUGAGCUACCACCCGUUUCCAUGUUGCAGGCUGCAAAGGAUUUGAUUGCUUUUGGUGUUGCCAAGGGCUACAUCGAUCCAUCCUAUAAGCUGCUCGGGCAUCGUCAAGUGCGAGACACCGAAUGCCCCGGUGGUCGACUGUUCCAGGAGAUCUCGACGUGGCCGCACUUUACACAGCUCAACACCACCGCCGAGGUGCAGCCGGUGGCUAACAAGAUUUAAGGCCACGCCCAGAAGCUACUUCAAUUCAACGACAGUCUCCAGCCCGGACAGACGAAGAGACGCCUAUUCACAGUAUUUUAUAAGAGAUAGAAAGAGAAAGCGAGACAAAUAAACACAACCUAUUAGCAUUACAAUUUUCAACGACCGUUUAACGACUCAUUUAAUUAAAAAAUUAUUGGUCUGUGCAGCUCUCAAUGCGCGGUUCGCGACUGCAAUUUGAUUGCGUUCCGCGACUACUUUCAAUUAGUGCCACCUUUUAUAUCGAUUUUUUUAAUUUCAUUUAAAUUUUUAUUUUAUUUUUACGUUUCAAACUGCUGUAAAUUUCUCUACACUCAUCAAAAUGAUUUACGAACGUCCUGGCAAGUUUUCAACAUGUCAGCGCAGCACAAUAAAAACAGAAACCAC